CUACUGUAUUACUACUGACAAACCCUCAGUGCCGCUAUUUCCAGACACAAGACAAGAAGGGAUCAAGAUAACAAAGUGACAAUGCAUCUGAAUUUGCUCACCCUCUUGGCCGUACCAACAGUCCUUUUUUCUGUAAUAAAUGCGCUGUCCUGCCCUGAUGGAGCUGCUUGGGUAGAGUGCGCAGGGUGCGGAAAUGACUGUCUCACUGUUGGAAAGGCUUGUGCUUUUAUAUGUCAACCGGGAUGCAAGUGUGAACAGCAAGGAUAUGUCUUGCUUGAGGGGGCCUGUGUUCCAGUCAGUGAGUGUCUGGCCAAAAAUGAAUCUACCCCAAAUGUACUUGCCUCUGAGGAAGCCGCCAGUGAGGAAGCUGCCAGUGAGGAUGCCGCCAGUGAUGAAGCCGCCAGUGAGGAAGCCGCCAGUGAGGAAGCCGCCAGUGAUGAAGCCACCAGUGAGGAAGCCGCCAGUGAUGAAGCCACCAGCGAGGCUGCUGCUAGUGAGAAAGUUGACAGUGAAGAGGCUGACAGUGGGGAACCUAAAAACGAAGAGGCUAACAAUGAGCAACCUGACAGUGAGGAAGCCAGCAAUGAGAAAGCUGAAACAGAAGAAGAUACCAACGAAGAAAGCAGCCCUGAGGUAGCUCUCACAGCUGAACCUAGCAAUGAGGAGUCUGAUGAAGAAGAAUCUGCUAGUGAGAAAGUUGUACCUGAUAGCGAGGAACCUAGCACAGAGACUUCUUCCCAGGAGGAGCCUAAUGGGGAAUCUGCCACUGACGUAGCUGACAGUGAGUCCUCAGAGUGAGUAAGAGGAAUAAUAUUUCAUGUGGUUUCCUGUGAGACGUCCGUUUACUGCCUUAUAGAUCCAGCAAACAGAUUGUUUUCAAAUUUCUGUUCAACCAUUACCACCGCAGAAUAUAUUCCCUCUUACUGCGUCUAAAAUGGAACCAACAACACCAACUCAAAAAUAAGAUGGUCCUCUUGCUUUGCUCUUUUAUAUCGGGAUUUUCUGAAUGUUUAACAAUUGUGUCACAAUAAAAAAAAGUUCAAAUUAAAAA